UUCCAUUUCUCUUUGCCUCCAUUUUCUUCUUCUUUUUUCUCACUCACAAAUCCAAAACAGAGUGUAAAGAAGAAACAGAGAACACAAAAACACACACACAGAGAAAAAGUUGAAGAAGCUUCAAUGGAGUUACGGUUUUCAUCACAGUUCGUUUUCAGCAUUCUCGUUAUUGCUCUUCUUUUUGCUUUCACCAAUGGAAUUAAUCACAAUGAGAAUCACAAAUCCACUGAAUCACGGAUUGUGAAUGAAGAAGAGAAGUUCAAGAUGCAGAGCUUGAAGAAUUCAUCAAUGGCGGAAAGUUCAAGUGAUGAUAUCAACGAACAUGCAGUUGAUAAUCCAGAGGAGAUUGCUUCCAUGGUUGAAACGACUAUACGCAAUCACACGGAGAGAAGGAAUCUGAAUUUUUUCUCAUGUGGGACUGGAAAUCCAAUGGAUGACUGCUGGCGCUGUGACAAGCGUUGGGCCUUCAGGCGAAAGAGGUUAGCUGAUUGUGCCAUUGGUUUUGGUCGCAAUGCAAUUGGUGGGCGCGAUGGAAGGUACUAUGUUGUGACAAACCCUAAAGACGAUGACCCUGUGAACCCAAGACCGGGGACUCUUCGUCAUGCUGUCAUUCAAGACAGACCAUUGUGGAUUGUGUUCAAGAGAGACAUGGUGAUCACCCUGAAGCAAGAACUCAUCAUGAACAGCUUCAAGACUAUUGAUGGUCGUGGCGUAAAUGUUCAUAUUGCCUUUGGGGCCUGCAUUACUAUCCAGUUUAUAACCAAUGUCAUCAUCCAUGGUGUUCAUAUCCAUGAUUGUAAGCCGACAGGGAAUGCUAUGGUUCGCAGCUCACCUUCCCAUUUUGGAUGGAGGACUAUGGCUGAUGGUGAUGCCAUUUCCAUCUUUGGUUCCAGUCAUAUUUGGAUUGAUCACAAUUCUCUUUCCAAUUGUGCUGAUGGUCUUGUUGAUGCUAUUAUGGGCUCCACUGCCAUUACCAUUUCAAAUAACUAUUUCACCCACCACAAUGAGGUUAUUCUAUUGGGUCACAGUGACUCAUAUGUCCGUGACAAGCAGAUGCAAGUAACCAUUGCAUACAACCAUUUUGGGGAGGGUCUUAUCCAAAGGAUGCCAAGGUGUAGACAUGGGUAUUUCCAUGUAGUAAACAAUGACUAUACUCACUGGGUGAUGUAUGCCAUUGGAGGCAGUGCUCAACCCACAAUUAACAGCCAAGGGAACAGAUACCUUGCCCCUCAGAACCCUUUUGCUAAGGAGGUGACAAAGAGAGUCGAUACAGGGGAAGGCGUAUGGAGAGGUUGGAAUUGGAGGUCUGAAGGAGACCUUUUACUAAAUGGAGCUUUUUUCACUCCAUCAGGAGCAGGAGCUGGAGCAAGCUAUGCAAGAGCAUCAAGUUUGGGUGCUAAAUCGUCUUCUUUAGUCGGUACUUUAACCUCAGGUGCCGGUGUUCUUAACUGUCGCAGAGGUACAUUGUGUUAAUACAAAACACUAUCAACAAUCAAAGGAGUAAAGAGAAAGAAUCAAAGCAAACUGAAAAAAGAAAAAAUUGAAGAAAAAAAGCAUAAUGGAAUGGAAUGGAAGAAAGAAAAUUUUUCAUUCUUUUUCCUCUUAUUAUUACAUUGUUAUAGAUGUAUUGGAUUGGAUGAGUAUGCACUAGCAGCAACUGUUAAUUUACACCCAUUGUUUUUCUUGGCAACAGUUAGAUAAUUGGGGGUAAAAAUUGUACAUUUUAUGAGAACUGUUAUUGGAUCGAUAACAAUGAUUGCUUAGAAGCUAUUUCUCACUUUUGGAGAUUGGCUUGUGCAAAAGAGAUUUCCCUUUAAUUUUCUAAGGGAUCCAAAAUUUAUUUUACUCUCUUUUUUGUCUGCCUAUAUAUGUAUCACCUGCUGUAUGGUCUUUUGAUCUUGUUGAAUAGUAGCCAUAUAGAUUGUGUUUGUGUGCCAUUCAUUUAGAAAACACUUGAUUUGUCCCAAAUGAAAUGGGCAAUAGGAAUGUAUUGAUGAACAAGUUGGUGUUCAAAUCAGAAUUUAUCAUCUUAUACUCCUUCUUUGUUUA